AAACGUAACAUAAAAAGCCGAACCAAAGGAAAGCCACGCGUCGCAAUACUACAAACCCGCAAAAUAUUGUACAGUAUUAUUUUCACGAACAGAUUCAGGAUUCGAACAGACUCAUCGUGCUAUUGUCUCGUCACCUUUGGUUCGCCAUUGAUUCACCUUUACAGCCGGUGUAUAGGAAAAGGCCAGUUAACGUCACGAAUUCGCGUCUGUGUGUCGUAUUAUUUCUUCACAUCUUUGCGAUCGCACAAUUUGUUAACAAAUUUAUUGGCUUCGAGGGAUUUCUGGAUCUUAAAAUUGUGAUCGGUUCCUUUUGAAGCUUUUGGCGUUAAAGAGGAAAGAUGUUGGGGAUUAUAAAACAAAAAGUCGGUGCCAGAGGCUUAUCGGCUCCGGUAUUUGGGGAUUACAUGCAGAGAUUAAGCCCUAUCGCAUCAGCCAUGAGACAUUUCUCGUCUGCAACCAAAGAUAUGACAGUAAGAGAUGCUCUGAACUCUGCUCUUGAUGAGGAAAUGGCUGCUGAUUCCAGUGUCUUUAUCAUGGGUGAAGAGGUUGGAGAAUACCAGGGUGCAUACAAGAUUACAAAAGGAUUGUUACACAAGUAUGGGCCUGAGAGAGUUGUUGACACACCUAUCACAGAGGCUGGCUUCACAGGCCUUGCUGUUGGUGCUGCAUAUCAUGGUUUGAAGCCUGUUAUAGAGUUCAUGACAUUCAACUUCUCCAUGCAGGCAAUUGAUCAUAUCAUCAACUCUGCAGCAAAGUCAAACUACAUGUCUGGUGGUCAAAUUAAUGUGCCCAUUGUUUUUAGAGGCCCAAAUGGUGCUGCUGCUGGUGUUGGUGCCCAACAUUCUCAAUGUUAUGGUGCAUGGUAUGGUGCAGUUCCUGGUUUAAAAGUUAUUGUACCAUACUCCUCUGAAGAUGCCCGUGGACUUUUAAAAGCUGCAAUUAGAGACCCUGAUCCUGUUGUUUUCCUUGAAAACGAAAUAUUAUAUGGUGAGUCCUUCCCAGUUUCUCCUGAAGUCCUUGAUCCAAACUUCUGCCUUCCAAUAGGAAAAGCCAAGAUUGAAAGAGAAGGGAAAGAUGUUACAAUCACAGCUUACUCUAAGAUGGUGGGCUUUGCUUUAAAGGCUGCUGAAAUACUUGAAAAAGAUGGAAUAAAUGCGGAGGUAAUAAAUCUGAGGUGUAUAAGGCCACUUGAUAGAGACACAAUCAAUGAUUCAGUCAGGAAAACCAACAGGCUUGUUACUGUUGAGGAAGGGUUUCGUCAACAUGGUGUUGGUGCUGAAAUAUGUGCAACUGUUGUUGAGGAUAGCUUUGUUUAUCUUGAUGCACCUGUGGAGAGGAUUGCUGGGGCUGAUGUUCCAACACCUUAUGCUGCUAAUCUUGAGAGAUUGGCUUUUCCUCAGAUUGAGGAUAUUGUUCGUGCAACUAAGAGAGCUUGUUACAGAUCUGCUUAAUUCAAGAUUCACAAGAGUGAAUUUGGUUGGUUGCAUUAGUUUAGAUUUACAAGAGUGAGAGUGAGUUUUGUUACAUAUCUGCUUAAUUGUUACAGAGCUUGUUAUGAUACAUGAAUACACGAUUAUAUCCAGAUUUUGAUCAAAAU